AUGGAUCAGAAUGUAAAGAACGAACAAGAUGGAUCCCCCGAGGGACCUUCUUCAGAGAACAAGACGCAGAAUGAUACCCUGGAGACUUCUGACGCAUCUCCACCUGUGGGUGAGCCAGCGUCAAAUCUGGAUGCCUCUGGUGGUACAGAUGAAGCGAGCCGGCUAAAAGAGCUUCAAGCGGAUAUCCGCGACCAGGAUACUCUGGAAAGAGAUAUAACUCGCCAGGCCGACAGACUGCUCAUGGAGCAGGCUGAUGAGCGGGACAAUAAGAGAUUAGAAAAGACGAAGCAUGAAAAAGAGAAACUCGAGUCGCAGAUAUUACGAUUACACCAACGUCUUUCACAACCAGUCGGCACCUCAGCGCGCGUGCGCCUCCAGAACGAUAUAGACAAACUGGAAGGCCGCAAUGCCGCGCUUGCAACUGAUCUCAAGGAAAUACAACAACGUAUAAUUGGCAGGCGCGAGGAGCAAGAGACGCACGCAGAGGCGACUGGGACGGGGAGAAUGCCUAAUGAGUCACGGAGAGACUAUCUUAUAAGAACCGGAAAGAUCACACCGUUUUCGCGAAUGGGAGCCGGUCCGAACACUGGCCCGUUGGCUAGCCUACAAGAUACGCUUAUUGAUGCCGAGGAUGAGCGCGAUGAGCUAGAAGCUUUGGAGCAGGUAAAAGCACAAUCGGCCGUUUCUCAUCGGAAUCUCGUACGCCCGGGUUUCGGUUUCGACGAAGCGAGUGAAUCAAGUGUUGCUGAAGAACCAGUUUCUGAGCGGCCCGGAAAGAAGAGGAAAUUAGAGAAGGAUUCUCGACUGAGUAAGACGUCCGUAAAGACGGAAGGUGUGGAUGUGGAUAUGGGCACACUUUCCGAAGGUCAUGUAUCCGAAGAUCAAGACGAUUCUGUGAGUUACGUCGAAGAAGAGCCGGAAUCGUCUUCAGAAGAUGACAAUGACUUCAUGACUGAGGAGAAAGUCGCACCUGUAAAAAAAGCGAAAGGCACAGAAGAUUUGGAAGAUUUCAGCGGCUUGGAUGACGGCAACGAAAAUAUAUAUCAGUCCCGGCUUCAGAAAUGGGUCACUCGGAGAGGCGCUGCUCGGAGACGUGCUCGGAAGGCCCGUGGAGCAGAUACGGAGCAAGACACCAACAUAGAUGAGGCUGAUGAUGCUCAAGCCUCUGGAGAGGAAGAGUGGUUCAUGCCCCAUCCUUCUGAAUCAGAUCUGCAUCUCGACAAUGACUACCGUGUACCGGGCGAUAUCCACCCACUUCUAUUUGACUACCAGAAGACUGGAGUCCAAUGGAUGUGGGAGUUGCACCAGCAACAGGUAGGAGGUAUUAUCGGGGAUGAAAUGGGUCUAGGCAAGACCAUUCAAGCCAUUGCAUUUCUGGCUGGUCUCCAUUACAGCAAAAUGUUAACGAAGCCCAUUGUUGUUGUUUGCCCGGCCACAGUUAUGAAGCAAUGGGUCAAUGAAUUCCAUCGCUGGUGGCCUCCAUUUCGAGUUUCCAUCCUGCAUACUUCUGGCAGCGGAAUGGUCAACAUAAAGAAUGAGAGUAGUCGUGAGGACGCACUUAUAUCCGGAACCUAUGGGUCGAGUGGCUCGAGCAGCGGCUUCAAGUCAGCUCGGAAGGUCGUCAAACGUGUAGUCGAAGAAGGACAUGUGCUGGUUACCACUUACUCAGGCUUGCAAAGCUAUGCCUCCCUCUUAAUACCAGUUGAAUGGGGCGGCGCUAUCCUCGACGAGGGUCACAAGAUUCGCAAUCCAAAUACCUCCAUCACUAUGCACUGCAAAGAGCUCCGGACCCCACACCGGAUUAUUCUCUCGGGCACACCCAUGCAGAACAACUUAACGGAGCUAUGGUCAUUGUUCGAUUUUAUUUUCCCGAUGCGCCUUGGCACACUGGUAAAUUUCCGAAACCAGUUCGAGUUUCCGAUUAGGCAGGGAGGCUAUGCGAAUGCUUCGAACCUACAGGUGCAGACCGCUGCAAAAUGUGCAGAAACCCUCAAGGAUGCGAUCAGCCCAUACCUUUUACAGCGGUUCAAGAUAGACGUGGCAGCCGAUCUUCCCAAAAAGAGCGAACAAGUGCUCUUUUGCAGGUUGACAAAACCGCAGAGGCAAGCAUAUAUGGCCUUUUUGGGCUCGGAGGAGAUGCAGUCCAUCUUACGGGGCCGAAGACAAGUGCUCUAUGGGGUUGAUAUUCUUCGAAAGAUCUGCAAUCAUCCGGAUUUACAGAGUCAUAAGUUGCUGUACACUAAGGCAAACUAUGGAAACCCAACGAAGUCGGGGAAAAUGCAAGUAGUUCGAUCCCUUCUCGAGUUAUGGAAAGACACGGGCCACAAGACACUUCUAUUCGCACAGCAUCGAAUUAUGUUGGAUAUUUUGGAGAAAUUCGUCAAGUCACUGUCUGGUUUCAAUUAUCGUCGUAUGGACGGCACAACUCUCAUCCAACACCGACAAUCUAUGGUUGACGAGUUCAACAAAGAUCAGAAUAUACAUGUCUUCCUACUUACGACCAAGGUAGGAGGGUUGGGUGUUAAUCUUACUGGUGCGGAUCGAGUCAUUAUCUAUGAUCCUGACUGGAAUCCUUCGACCGACGUACAAGCCCGAGAGCGUGCAUGGCGGCUUGGGCAGAAGCGCGACGUAACUAUCUACCGACUGAUGACGGCAGGGACUAUCGAGGAGAAAAUAUACCACCGUCAGAUUUUCAAACAAUUCCUUACGAAUAAGAUCUUGAAGGACCCCAAGCAGCGACAAACCUUCCAACUCAGUGACUUACACGAUCUCUUUGCUCUGGGCGAAGAAAACCAAGGUCCAACCGAAACCAGUAAGAUCUUCAAAGAGGCUGAAGUCACCUACGAAGAAAACAAUGACAAUGGGUCCCCGAAAACGCGCCAGGAUGACCACCAGCGUGAUGUGCAGGCUGAGAAGCAAGAUAUUAGCAAGGUGACAGGCGUGGCUUCAAUAGAACAAUUCCAAGGAGCACCCGAACAGGAAGCGAAAUCAGACGAGGGUGAACCGGGUACGAAUUCAGAGUCGCGCAUAAUGGAAGGCAUAUUCGCUCGGUCAGGCGUCCACUCAGCACUCGAGCACGAUCAAAUCGUGAACGGCAAACGCGUCGUCAAAGCAGACCCGAAGAUAAUCGAAGCAGAGGCGAAAAGAGUGGCCGCCGAAGCUGCAGAGGAACUACGUCGUGCAAGUGAAGCAGCCAAGUCCGUACCCAUCGGCACGCCUACGUGGACAGGUCAAUUCGGCGUUGCGGGAAGACCUGACGAAUCCCCCAUGCGGCCCUCAUUCGGCGGACGGAGCAGUACAGCCAGGCGAGCUAUGGCUGGUCCAUCAUCUGCAAGCAUAUUGGCUCACCUCUCGUCGCGUAUACACCCGUCUCGCAGCGGCACCAAUAGCCCUACGCCAGCAAAUGCCACCACUGGGAAGGACUUCAUUACGAUGAUCCGGGAUUUCAUCACAUCCCACGGCGGGUCUGUUUACACGCAAAAUUUAAUUGAUCAUUUCAACCGUUAUUGUACCACUCCGCAGAAAUCGGCGGAAUUUAAAGAGAUGCUGAAACAGAUUGCCGUUCUGAACAAAGGUGGUCGGAACGGGAGGGGGAAAUGGUCGCUCAAGCCGGAGUAUGUCAGAGGGCGAUGA